AUGACAGCAAUGCAUACCAAAUACAGUUUUCCCCCAACGCGCAACAAGAACGAAGGGGCAAGGAGGUGGCUACAGCGAGCUUUUCGGAGGCCAGCAGUGCGGCAGGCUGAGAGCAGUGAGGGAGACGGGUGGUUGAGAAGGAGAAUGUCGCUCAAGCGCCCACAAACAGCACCAAACCCGAGCACAGCACCAACAGUGCCGUCCAGUUCAAUCCAUGUUGAGCGCAUAUCGACCUGCUUCCGAGGUCAGCCUCCACCUCGCCCGCCGAGACCAGACGCGGACGUCAUGCGAGACAUCAAUGCAUGGCUGGACACUAGCACGAGCAUGCCUUCUCCACCGCUCAUGAGCGGGCUACCUUACUGGAGAGCGGGAACAGCCGUGUGUCCUGGAGAGUCGGUAGACUUUCAAUAUGCUGUCCCUAUUGUGCGCAAGCCAGAUGCGGAGAAGUUGUCGACAUCGCCCAGCCAGCAGAUGAAGUCGUUGUGCCAUGGCGCCAAGAUGAUGCAAGUCCGAAUGCCCUCGCUCUUACGCAGUCUAUCUCAGCACACUGCCGUUCGAAAGCAGAUGAAGCGGCGAUCAAGCUCGAUGCCGCUCUUGGCCAUCGCCUAUACGGAGACACAGCAGGCCGCCCCUCCCAUGGUCUUGACGCGGUCCAGAUCGUCUCGCCCUCCAGCACGACGACCAACAUCCAAAGCCUCAACGGAGAUGCGAGAGCUGCUGUCUGCUGGUCAGAACUCGCUCGAGCAUCUGCCUGUCCGUCAUGGAAGUCGGGCAAGCGCGAGAUUUGGGCAAACAGAGUCUAACACAGAGCGCCGUAUCAACGCAGUGCUUGGACAUGCUGCAAGGAGUGGAAACAGCACGCGGCCCUCGACAGCAGGGGCGCACGCCAGUGGUGAAGACUCGAUGUGUGACCUUUCAGAUGCCCCCACGUACAGUUCAGGACCGCCUCCGCCUUCGUACCGGUCCCACGCUGCGUCGAUGCUCAGCACGUCAUCAUUUGGGUGCGUCGAUGGCAUGAACCCAGCGCAGCGGCAGAUCAGCCAGCAGCAAGCCGCGCACCGACACGGGGUGCGGAGGAAGCUUAAGAAAUUCGCGCGGGCUCACUUUACGACAUGCACACGGGAGAGAGAGGUGUAG